AUGCAGAGGCCGAGCGGUCCCGGCACGGCGUUCUCCAUAGACUCGUUAAUCGGCACUCCGCAGCCGCGGCCGGGCCACCUGCUCUACACGGGCUACCCGAUGUUCAUGCCCUAUCGACCGCUCGUGAUCCCGCAAGCCCUGUCUCACUCGCCCUUACCGUCGGCCAUCCCUCCGCUCGCGCCUCUCGCGUCCUUCGCCGGCCGGUUAACCAACACGUUCUGCGCGAGCCUGGGCCAGGGCAUGCCUUCCAUGGUGGCCCUCACCACCACGCUGCCGGGCUUCUCGGAACCCGCGGACGGUUUCUACCCACCUCAGGAGAUCACCGGGCCCCGGUUAAGCGCAGACGCGGCCAUCGGGCGCCAGGAGAGUCCGCACGAAGAGCUGCACGCGCGCGACAAAGCAUCCGAGCUCCUCAACUUCUCGGAAACUUUUCAGACCGUCGCAGGUGAAACUAAACUGUACAGUUCGGAUGAUGAGAAGCUGGACCUGAAGUCGGCCGAGGCGGCGUGCAGUGAGCGUGAGGACAGCUCGGGAGACAGCGAGAACGAGAGCUUCUCAGACGGUCACAGCUGCGGCUCCAAGAGCAAACUGAAAGCCGGUGCGCACGAGCCUCUGAGCUCCACGUCGACGGCGGCGGCGGCGGCGGCAGCAGCAGCAGCGGGCGCGUCUUCGGCGGGAAAGAGCCGGCGGCGACGGACAGCCUUCACGAGCGAGCAGCUGCUGGAGCUGGAGAAGGAGUUCCACUGCAAGAAGUACCUGUCGCUCACCGAGCGCUCGCAGAUCGCGCAUGCGCUCAAGCUCAGCGAGGUGCAGGUGAAGAUCUGGUUCCAGAACCGGCGCGCCAAGUGGAAGCGCAUCAAAGCCGGGAACGUGAACAGUCGCUCCGGUGAGCCCGUGCGCAACCCAAAGAUCGUCGUGCCCAUCCCGGUGCACGUGAACCGCUUCGCCGUCAGGAGUCAGCACCAGCAGAUCGAACAGGGCGCGAGGCCGUGA